UACGUACAUCUCUUUGCAUAUAACUUUAACUUUUCAUAUAGAGUCGACCUUCUUUUUCAAAGUGGGGAGAGAGAGAGAGAGAGCAAAACACAGAGGAAAGAAGGAAGGAACAAAAUGCCUACGUCUCUCAAUCACCACAGAACCAACGAAGCCACUUCAAACCAUCAAAAACAACCACCACCGCCACCACAACCUCAAACAACAUAUACAUGCCCCCUCCCUCCGUCCCUUUCCCUCCUGAACGACGCCGCCCUCUGCCACACCCACCUGGUGGGGCCCAACCAGUGUUGCUCCGCUCUGGUCCAGCCCAUCGCGGCUCCCCUCUCCGCCGUCUGGCCCGUCCUCCGCCGCUUCGACGACCCCUGCGCGUACAAGCACUUCCUCAAGAGCUGCCGCCUCAUCGCCGGGGACGGCGGUGUUGGCACCCUCCGGGAGAUCCACGUGGUUUCGGGGCUGCCGGCGGCGUCCAGCACCGAGCGCCUCGAGGUGCUCGACGACGAGAGCCACGUCGUCGGGUUCAGCAUCGUCGGCGGGGACCACCGCCUCAACAACUACCGGUCCGUCACCAGCCUCCACCGGUCGGCUGGCGGGCUCGGGACGGUUGUCGUCGAGUCAUACGUCGUCGACGUACCGCCUGGUAACACGAAGGAAGAAACCUGCGGGUUUGUGGACACCAUCGUUCGGUGCAACUUGCAGUCACUGGCUCAGUUAACGGAGAACUUGGGCCCGAAGAAACCUUUAGUCCUUACAUGAUUGUGAAUAGUUUCUUGGAUCGUGUUGUUUUCCAGUUCAUCUCAGAAAUUUAUGAUUCAAAUCGAUAAUUAUUUUAGACAAAUUAUUUAUCGAUGCCAAUUAGUACGUAAUCAAAACUACUUUUAUCUUGGUAUGAA